AUGGACGGCCUGGUCGAUGCCUGCAAGGUGCCCUGCAUCUACAAGAGUUUCGAUUACGAGAGGUACGUCGAUCAGCACUCGCUGGCGGAGCAUAGUUCCAGAUGCGCGCACACGCCCUGCUACUGCUAUGAGUGCACGUCGUCGUUUGAGGGCUCGCCAGCGAGCCUCAUGCAUCACCUCACGGAACCGUCCGUCGAUCACUACAAGCCCGCGGCGGUGAACACCAAGUACGAGACGUGCUACCCGUUCGCCGUGCCGGAGCUGCGCCUCGUCUCUAUAGUGUGCGUCAGGGGCAACGCCACUAAUGCUGACACGAAGCUUGUGUACGGGUGCGUGUUCACUGUUACUGCCCCUCCGAGGUACGAGGGCGCCCAAGCCACCUCCAUCGCGCUGACUGGGACUAUGCCGAGCUGCUCCGUUCCUGGCAAUGUGGACAUGGAAGGCGCCUGGUAUGAUUUUCACCCCAAGAUGGUGCACGGGGACUCCAAGGAGGUUCAGCUGGUCAUAUGUGUUACCAAGUCAAAUGUGCAUCAUUAG